AGGGGCUGCGCAGGCGCGUCGGACAGCGGACCGGCUCCGUUCGCCCGCGGAACCUUUGAACCGAGUCCUCGGGCCAACCCGGGAAGAGCCGCGGCGGGACUCGUCAGGACGGCCGGGGGAGAGCAGCGGAAGAGGAGGGGCGACAUGGCGGCCCUGCGCGCCGCUCGCGGUGGUCCGGGGGGGAAGCCGUGGACGCCCUUCGUGAAGGCGGCUCUGGGCCUCGCGGGCCGCGGGACCCGCUCGGUGCCCUGGAGAGGCUGUUGGCGGGGCCCGCGCGUGGCCGGCCUCGACGACCUGCCCGUUCCAAUGGAAAACCCUUAUAAGGAGCCUCUUAAAAAAUGCAUCUUGUGUGGAAAACGUGUAGAUUAUAAGAACAUACAGCUUUUGUCCCAGUUUAUUUCUCCAUUUACUGGAUGCAUUUAUGGAAGGCACAUAACAGGUCUUUGUGGGAAGAAACAGAAAGAAAUCACAAAAGCAAUUAAAAGAGCUCAAAUAAUGGGGUUUAUGCCAGUUACAUACAAGGAUCCUGCAUAUCUCAAAGACCCUAAAGUGUGUAACAUCAAGUAUCGGGAGUAAAUUAUAUGAGCCUUAUCAUCAAUAAACAUAUUUUAUAAUAAA